AUGAUAAGCCAACCAACAGCGGGCACGCAAGUUCCUGGCCCUCGCCCUCUGAACCGCCCAACGCUGCCCUCCAAACUCAGCAACGUCAACUUGAACAUACAACAUGACAUUACCGACGUCGGUGUCGACGAGGCAAACCUGUCGGCCUACACGGCAAAUGGCAUGCUUCAAUACGCCGCCCAAGCCGUCAACACCCCCGACGAGCCCAAACAGCACAUCCCGCCACGCCUCCUCUCACAACGCACAACUCAACUACCACUACCUCGCCGUCCACAAUCCUUGACCGCCCAAGGUCAUUCUCGCUCGCCGAUCCCCAAACCCGCCCCCGCACCCGUCCUGGAUCCUUCAACGAGAGCCAACGGCCUACAACCACCCGCAGUGGCCACUGCUCUCCCUCGAGACAAGACUGCCGACUUCUUCCCAUGGACCAACAUCGAAGGCAAGCAUCCGGAAGAUGUCUUGAACGAACACCUCAUCAAGUCCGGAUUCAGCGACAAAGCUAUCGGCCCGCCUAGCAUCGAGACCAACACGGCUCGCCCUCAUCUAUGGCCUACCUUGAAGACCAAAAAUGGCUUGGGAAUGUUGUCUGCUAUCUUCAUCCAAGUGCUGGACAAGAGAUCCCAGAUGCGCCUUUGCACAGCCACCUCGACCUUCAAGCCGCCACCAAGAGUCACCUUGACCGACACAAAGAGAGAAGCCUGGCUUAAAGACCUCGCAAACCCCGAGGUGCCGUUGCGAAGAUUGAGCAGGACCAUCCCACACGGCAUUCGGGGUAAAGUCCUGCUUGAUCACUGUAUCACCAAGGACAUCCCUAUCGCCAGAGCCGUCUGGCUUUCCAAAUGCGUGGGUGCUAAUGAGAUUCGCGCCUUCAAGAGGAAAGGCAUCUCUGGUCCGGCUGCCUUGGCUGGUGAACUGAAGUGGAUCAGAGAGUGGACAGUAUUCGUCGAGCAGUUUGUUGAUGGUGUCAUAUCUAGCUGCGGCCAGGCGGGAUGGUCUCAGAAGAUGAAUUAUGCUGUUCGUCUGGGCACUCAUUUCUAUGUCGAACAUCUCCUUGACGAGGAGCAUUACAUGGACUGGAUCCUUACAUCACUCAAACAAAGCUCUUCUGAAAGACUGCCCGUAUGGAUCCUGCUCACUCAGAUCUACUGGAAACACCUCAUCUCACACCGAAGACGGGGCCAUCGACUCGCCGAAGCCCUACUCGGACAUGCAAAAACUCUCGCUGAUAUGCCUUACGGUAUCAAUCUGCAACUGAUCACACGCAUCAACCAACUCAUCACCAUCCUGGCCGUGAAUCACAGGGGUUGUUUGGUUCUGCCGAAAUCAUGGAACGAACACAAGAAAGCAUUUGCUGCCGUCAAGCCAACAGGCCGGGGCCAUCUCGAUGUUGACGGGUUGGCCAACGUCACGAGACGCAACAAUCGACUGUCAGGUGCAUCACCGCAAGCCACAUCGCGUACGUCAAAACUUCGUUUGAUUGACAUCCUGGACGCUGUCGGCGUGGAUGUCCAAGUUGAUAGGAUUGCUGCACAAUGUGAAUUGCUGGGGCUCGACACACGGUCAAUGUUGGUUGCGAUACUCGAAUGGGCGGCUUCAAAACAUCGCUCUGGUCUUGCUCGUGUUUAUCUCGCCGCACAGCUGGUCAGAUACUGGAGCUUUGCCGGUUUCAGUGCGGAUGACGCGGUACUGACAAUGCUCGAGAAGGCUCGGCAUGAUGACAACACUGAGCCACGCCUGAUCUAUAAACUCGUUGCCGCUCUGGCACGUUCUGGUCAUUUCUCAGUCGGGAGGUAUCUGCAGUGGCUCAUCUCCACGGGUGUUCUGUCGGGUGCCAACGCGACCGCAAGUGAGGCGCAGCUUCUCCUCGAACUACCCACAGCCUACCUCUCCUCACAUAUCGUCAACUUGCGACGUACGCUGUUGAGUCGUGUAGGCUACCAUGCUGAUGUCGAAGCACGCGAAGUUGAGAACCACAAAGUUGUACUGUCCCAGCAUCUUGGCGGCAUGUCACUACCCAGCCCUGGCGUCUCUUCACAUGAAUCCGCUCUAUCCGAUAAGCCAGUAGGUGCUGUGCGAAUGGCAGUAGCCCAAUGGCUUUGUGAAAGAGUGAUACAUCAAAGCUUUGGGCUGAGUUGCGAUACUGCCUUCAAUGGGAAUCUCGCUGCUUUCUGCCUCGUUCGCCAUACCCUGGAACAGUUCGAGGAUUAUCCAAGCUUGGCCAAGGUUGUGACUGCUGCAUCCAGCAAUAGUAAUCCGCAGAUCCUGGCCGCCGCAGCGGACACUGUCAACUUCAAUCUCGAGAUAUUCGCCACAAUGGGUUUCUUACCGAAAUUGGUGAUGCAGAUAUAUCAACAACAGCGACGCCUUAGGUCAAGACAGCCGCUGAACCGCACCUUUCUCCUGUCAUUGUCGGCACUGGUACGCCGUAUGCCAUCGGGAGGGAUGCAUGCAGAAGUUCUGGACAGUGAGCUUGCCAUGUGCGAGAUACAGAGCUCUACUGCUGCGUGUUCACCUGCAUCUGAUAGCAUGGUACUUUCGCACUGUGGUACACUAGAGUCGGACGACGACAUUGAUCGAGUGCUUACUAGUGGUAACACCAUGGAUGAGCAGCUUUUGAUGCGCAUGUUCACUACCAUUGCUGAUCGAAGUGUGAAGAUGGGACCUGAAGGGCUGUCUCGCGCUAGUAACUGGUUUGCGCAACUUCGGUUGUUCGACCAGACCACGUUUGAGCAAUUGGUGCAGAGGCUUGUUGUCCGGAUGGCGGAGACAGCGGCGCCAUAUGAGGCCGUGGAGGGUGUUGUUGCCUCCUUGGUUGGCUCCAGCUGCCUAAACCUGGUCACCUUUCAUCAGAUCUGGGAGAAGAAGUUCAGUACCAUCAAAUCUACAGAACCUGCAAACGUUACUCGUCUUGCUGUUACUUGUGCCAGGAUUCUGAUACCAUCAGUGUCCGUCAUGCACAACCAUUCAGCAGAGGCAUACCGAUUCAGGGUCGCCCAGAACCUAUUUUGUCGUCACCAUAUGGGUGAGAUAUUGCGCAUUAUUGGAUCAGUCUUACAGUCGAGCUCUCAAACCGUUCUUUCCAAGAACGGCUCUCUUCUGGAGGAGAAAGUCACUUCAUUGCUUCGCCAGUAUAUCGUUCGGGACUACAAGCUUGUCGCACAGGAACUCAUCUCAAAGGACAACCCAAUGGUCGCUCAAAACUCUGUGCAGCCUCUGCUGGACUCUCUACUAGGCAACGCAUCUCAGGUGCAGCAGCCAAGCACAUCCAUUAUUGACAAGUACAACACUAUAUUGGAGUCUACUACCGAACUGUCGUUGCCGUUCAGUCAACUGGCCUUGCAGCAGAUGUCUUCCAUCCUCUCGGGGGGCAACAGCCUCUCCGAAGACGACAAAUUGAGUCUAGUUCGCACCUUCCAGAGCGCUAUCGAACAGAACUCGUCUGUGUGGCCCCAACUCCUCGGCGCGCUCGACAAAGAUCUGAUUCAGUACAUUCACUCCUGGGCAGGAGAGUCUGUCUUGGAGAAGCUUUCCUCAAUUGUCGCUAUUGAUGGGUCGAUGGAAGAUGAAGCCACUGUACAACGAUAUCUGCGAGCUGUUGAAGCAUCAGCAGUCGCUACUUCAUCUCAAUCAGUACCGACAACCGCCCUUGUAAUGCUCACGGAUCAUUUCAAACGGCUUGGACAACUUGCAGAGGGCAUAAAUUAUCUUGACCCUGCUCAGAAGGAUAGGAAAGCGCGCAUGUCGUUCGGCAUCAGUGUAUUGCUAAACCUCACAACCAUACAUCAGCACUCGCUUCAAGACGCGAACGCCCAUGCACAAGACCUGAUCCCUCUCAUGGGUGUAUUAUGCGCCCUGUUCAUCCACUCAAAGCUGCAAGGUCAACCAGCGAUCCUUGAAUAUAUUCUCGACGUCGCUUCCAUGAUUUCAGACGACUUGUCCAACGAACAUAUGCACACUAUCCUGCGCAAUUUACCGCCCCAGGCUCGUUGCAUACCUCGUCUGCGCUAUCUGUUCGGCACGCACGCAUCUCCUGAUGCAUGGCUGUCGCUUGCGUCCAAGGUUGUUCCGGCUACUGGAUCUCAAACAAACCCAACAUCAACUCCUUUGCAGAGCACAUCUUCUCCAGUAUCGGCUACACAGUCGCCGUCAUUACUACAGAGACCAUGGCCUGUACCUGCUCGGCCUGGUAUGGCUUCUCGCACACCCUCUGUACCAAACACGCCCACUCUGUCGCAAGCACACUUGCAACAACAGCAGGCACAGCAACAAAGACUGUCCAUGGGUAUGGGCAUGAACAGAGGUCCCGUGGAGCUGAAACAAACACCUUAUAUGCUAAGGCGGUGGGAGUUGAUGCCUGACCCAACACCCAUCAUGGGUGCCAACGACACCAGUCUGAGCCUCGGUCUCUUCCAGGCCAGAAAAUGUGUUUGA